AUGACCGGACGUCCACCAACUGCUAGCCAGCGGUCACAGUCCAAACUUGUCGCGUCAGGCAGCAAGCGGAAACUUCUCAAUGGAGAAGAAAUUCCUGGAGGUCUGGUCAUCGUCCGGCCACCAUCUUCCCAAGGAACACGGCUAUCUACUCGCCCCCCAUCGCAACCCCCGCCAGAUCGCCCCCCCUCAUCCAAUGGACAUCGCCAGAAAGAUUUGGAUGCUUCUAUACCCCCGCCUGCCAAAAAGUUUCGUGCUGAUUCCCAACCUUCAACUACUUCCAAAGCCGGUCCUUCCUCCUUGAAACCUCCGGUUGGACCCUCGUCUUCCAAACAUAUUAGUCGAACACCAGAGAUUGAAGCGGAUGUACGCGCUAUGGAAGAUGAGGCAGACGAGCUACGUCGCAAAGCGAGAGCGAGAGCUUUGGAUCCUGCUCUCAGGCAGGAAUACCAUCCGCCGCCUCGUCCACCGGACCAGAAGCCAACUAGCAAUGGCCAUAGUCGUAAAUCACGGAUAAUAGACACGACGCAGGCCUUGCCUUCAGCUCAUUCAGAAAGUCCCAUGAUCACUAAAAACAAACGAUUAAGAGAGGGUGCGAUGAUGGCAAUUAGGUCUGCAUCACAGGAGCCAGAGUCAGGAGAAUCAAGCCAGCGCGGCCGUGAGGCCACUGUAAACAAUUCUGGAGGAGGCCGACGGAGUCAUAGACGAAACAGCUCGGUCAAUGGGAGAGGGAAGCGGAUAAGUGAAUCCUUCGAAGCCACUGGCAAACUCUCACAUCCGCACAGUUCAAUAUCAGAAUCUAGCUUUUUUAAGCAUAUCGAUACCGAGAUAUCAGAUACUGAACGUCUUCUCCUGCUGUUAACUUGGUGUACUUCCCGCUCAGCGCAAUCUUACGCCUCGACCUCAAAUCCCGCCAGCACAACCCUCCCUCCACUCUCUGAGCAGGAAGUAGUCAUCCUCAGCAAUGUUCAACAAGACCUCUUGCGGCAGUUGGCUGAUAGGAAGAUCGACAUUGGUCCAAAUCCUCAAUCCCAAUCUUCAGGCGCUAUUCAGCAUACUCGGGCGAACAAUCAGAACGUAUCGAAUCAGAAAUACGAGAAGAAUUUCAAUCAAGAAAUCCGACAAAUGGAGCAGGAGCAAGAAUCGUGGAAAAAGGCCAACUACCAUUACGAGGAGCUAUUCAAGAAGGAACAAGGGAAAAUUGAGAAACGCAAAUCCGACAUAUCCCACCGUCAGUCCUUAUCGGAAAAAGCUAAAGGCAAACGGAAGGCUUUCGAUGAUCUACCCGAAGAUUGGAGCUGGCUUCCCUCCGAACACCUUCCGGAGUCGCAGCACGCUGGAUUUUCCCUGGCAAAAGCCGUAUUGGGCUUAAGCACAGAUCCUUCAGGUUCAAUACAACGGACAAAUACUGGUAUUCGAAUAGGUAGAGAGGAUGUGGAAGCAGCGUUAAAGCAAGAGAUAUCCGAUCUUCCUUUCCACAUGGAUACCCUUCUUACCCAUGUCAAUGCUGCUCGACUGACAACGAACGUGGCAGAGUCAGUGCUGGACGAACGGUUUAGCCUCCUUUCUCGGGCACUGGCUGCACGUUCAGGGGAUAUAUCGGAUUUCGCACAGGCAGGAACAGCAUCCACAACGACUCAGAUUCUUAAUCAUUACGUUCCUCCAGCGCCUGCUGCCCCACUCCGCCCGCUCAGCAACGCGCAAAGUAUAUUUCGUGCGUUGGCCCGGGUGGACAGUGCACGCCCUCGAGGGCAAAUUGGGGAUGCAGCUCGGAGGGCGGCAAGGGAGGUUCAUCGGAUGGAAGAGAGUGGUAUUGCCCGCAGCAGUGAAAGGAGGUUGACAGAGGUGCCGCCGACUCCUAGGAAGAUUCCUAUGACACCUCGGAGGGGGAACACACCAGGGAGAGGGAAUACACCAGGCCGGUAG